CAAAGAAUGCAUUUCUUUCUUUCAGUCACCCCAGAUCUUCUCCCUGAAACCUCCCUGGUACCAUCCCUGCCUGCACUAUCAACAGCGCGGGCCUGUGGGAAGGCCCGGAGGCGCAGCGGAAGCGAAAGUGCUUCCAGGCAUCGGCCAUUGAGUGCGGCCCCCGGGCCAGGCCCCUGUAGAAGCAGCAUGGAGGUGGGCAUGCGGGUAGUUCGUGGCCUGGACUGGAAAUGGGGAAACCAAGAUGAUGGAGAGGGCCACGUGGGGACUGUGGUGGAGAUUGGCCGACAGGGCAGCACCACCACCCCUGACAAGACGGUGGUCAUUCAGUGGGACAGCGGCACAAGAACCAACUAUCGCACUGGUUACCAGUCUGCCUAUGACUUGCUGUUGUAUGACAACGCUCAAAUUGGGGUGCGUCACUCUAACAUCAUUUGCGACAGCUGCAAGAAGCAUGGCAUCAUGGGAAUGCGAUGGAAGUGCAAGGUGUGCUUUGACUAUGACCUGUGCACACAGUGCUACAUGAACAACAAACAUGACUUGAGCCACACGUUUGAACGUUAUGAGACUGCGCACUCUCAGCCAGUAAGCUUGGCACCAAGGCAGAACCUCCCACGGAUCAUCCUCAAAGGAAUCUUUCAGGGAGUUAAGGUUGUUCGGGGACCUGACUGGGACUGGGGCAAUCAAGACGGCGGGGAGGGUAAGGUGGGUAAAGUAGUGGACAUUCGUGGCUGGGAUACAGAGUCUGGUCGCAGUGUGGCAAGUGUGACCUGGACUAAUGGCACCACCAAUGUCUACCGAAUGGGGCAUAAGGGCAAAGUGGACCUCAAAUAUGUGUCUGAUGGCCAGGGAGGCUUCUACUACAAAGACCACUUGCCAAAACUCGGAGAGCAUGCAGAGCUGCAACGCCAGGAGAGUGCUGAUGGCCACUCUUUCCAGCAGGGAGAUAAGGUCAAAUGUCUCUUGGAGGUGGACAUUUUGCGACAGAUGCAGGAAGGACAUGGAGGAUGGAAUCCCAAAAUGGCUGAGUACAUUUGCCGGAUCGGGACUGUUCAUAGAAUCACUGACCGGGGAGACGUCAGAGUCCAGUACAGCAACAACAUCCGCUGGACUUUUCACCCGGGGGCCCUCACCAAGGUGAACACGUUUGGGGUCGGUGAACUUGUGCGAGUAUUAGAGGACAUGGAUAGUGUCAAGAGACUGCAGGCCGGCCAUGGAGAAUGGACCGACAGCAUGGCUCCCGUGCUUGGCCAAGUCGGUAAAGUGCUGAAAGUUUAUGCAGAUGGUGACCUCCGUGUGGCAUUUGGGGGCCAGACAUGGACAUUCAACCCAGCGUGUCUCUCGGCGCAGCCAGUUGAGGUGGAUGCAAACCUCAUGACGGCUGAGAACCCCAACGAAUCUGGAAGUACAGUCAUUUCUGUGCUGGAGAAACUGCUGUCUCAGUCUGCGGAGCAGGACAAUCCCAGUCGGCUCGUCAUUGAGGCAGCACACGGCAGUGCCAAUAAAGUCAGAGAGUUGUUGCAAAGGUAUCCUGACAAGGUGGACAUCAAGAACCAGGGUAAGACUGCACUUCAAGUCGCUGCACACCAAGGCCACAUGGAGGUGGUGAAGGCCCUGCUCCAGGCCAACAGUGGUAUUGAAGUCAAGGAUGAAGAUGGUGAUACGGCAUUACACUACACCGCCUUUGGUAACCAGGCAGAGAUUGCACGGCUGCUGUUGAACAAAGGAGCAAAUGUUAACCUCCUGAACAACUCCAUGUGCACGGCACUCCAUAUUGCUGUCAACAAGGGCUUCACAGAUGUCGUGCGUGUGCUUACAGAACAUUCGGCCGAUGUCAAUCUCCAGGAUUCCUAUGGGGAUACACCCCUGCACGAUGCCAUUGCUAAAGAUUUCCAUAAUAUCAUCGAGAUCCUGGUUGUGGUGCCCAACAUUGACUUCACUCAGCAGAACCAUAGAGGGUUCAACCUUUUGCACCAUGCUGCUCUCAAAGGAAACAAACUGGCCACCGAGAAAAUUCUGGGCCGAGCACGACAGCUGGUGGACGUUAAAAAGGAGGACGGCUUCUCCGCCUUGCAUCUGGCCUCUCUCAAUAAUCACCGUGAUGUCACUGAGAUCCUCAUUAAGGAGGGACGGUGUGACAUCAACAUUCGCAACAACCGCAACCAAACGCCGCUGCAGCUGGCGGUGACGCAGGGCCACACUGAUCUGAUCCAGCUUCUGGUGGUGGAAGGCGCUGAUGUAAACAUGGAGGAUGAGGAUGGUGACACCGCCAUGCACGUGGCCCUGUUGCGACCACAGCUUGCCAACGUGAUGCUGAGCCCUCCUGUGGGAAGUAGCAGCAGCAGCAGCACAAGCACAGACGACACUGGUGAGGGCUGUGCCUCCACGUCGCUCUAUUCCAGGCUCAAUGCUUCGGGCCUUCUCGGGAAUACUGAGCUCAGUGUUGGAGCGGCGAUCGCUUGCUUCCUCGCGCAGGAGGGGGCUGACAUUAGCUAUGCCAACCACAAGGGGAAGAGCCCCCUGGACCUAGUGGCAGACAGCACCAUGCUGCAGCUCAUCAAAAGCUUCUCGGAGAAGCACAGAUUGCAACGCCUUCAGGCCAUAACAUGCGGCCAAGGUCCGAGUGCAGCUAACCUUCGACGUGUUCACACUACACCCAACACCAUGACCAAUCUGGUUCUUCCUACGCCACCGGGGCCCAGUGAAUGCCUCAUCUGCUCUGAGCUGGCGCUGCUAGUUCUUUUUAGCCCCUGCCAGCAUAGUGUGGCAUGUGAAGAGUGUGCCCAUCGAAUGAAGAAAUGCAUUAAAUGCCAAGUCACAAUCACCAAGAAAAUUCGGCAAGAUCAAACCGAGGUAGACUGCAGCCCCGGUACAGAAAACUCCGAGCAACACAACCUGCUGGAGCAACUCCAGUCUCGCUACCGGCAGAUGGAGGAGCGCAUCACCUGUCCCAUCUGCAUCGACAACCACAUCAAACUUGUCUUCCAGUGCGGACACGCUUCCUGCAUUGACUGCAGCGCCGCCCUCAAGACAUGCCCCAUUUGUAGGCAGACCAUUCGCGAACGCAUCCAGUUGUUUGUCUGA